UCCUUUGACGCUGCUUCUGCCUUGCGAAAACACGAGCGUCGACUCAGCAAUCGCUGUGACUCAUCCGGUUGUCGGCUCUUCCACAUUCUCUUUCGGAUUACCCCUCCGCGAGUCACUCUUGACAGGCCACCCACCGCAGACCGCAUCUCGGUUUAAACACGCAUCAACAGAUCAACACACAUCAACGGAACAUCACGACUACCCUCAACAUGUCGAACCUCAACUCGUGGGAGGACGAUCCUGCCGCCCAGCAGGACGAGAACCUCUCCCAACAGGCCCAGCAGCAGCUCAACAUUAACCACCAGCCCAACCCCAAUGCGGGGUCUUUCCGUCCCGGUGUCGCCAGCUUCCAGCCCGGCGCCCAGAGCUUCAACCCCGGCCAGCAAUACGGUGGCUACGUGCCUCAGUACCAGCAAUACUACAACCAGGGCUACGGCGGCGGCGGCUACCCUCAGUACGGAGGCGGCGCCCCUGGUCAAGGUCAGGGUCAGGGUCAGGGAUACCAGCAGUACGGACAGCAGGGAGGCUACGGUGGCCAGCCCGCCUAUAACCAGGGUUACGGACAGCAGCAGUAUGGCCAGUACAACCAGCAGCAGCAGCAGCAGCAGCCGCAACAAGUUGCGCCGACUAUUGCCAAGCGCGAGAAUGCGCCAGCCGCCGCCCCUGCGGCUGCUCAGCCGACGGUCAAGAAGGAGGGCGGUGCCAAGGUUCUGAGCAUCGGUGGUGAGGCCCCCAAGCCCAAGGCUAAGGUCCUCUCUAUCGGCGCUACCGCUACGCCGCCUAAGGAAGCCAAGGAGGAGAAGAAGGAGCCCGCCGCUGCUGCGACCGCUGCCGCCACCGCCGCGCCAGAGGCCGGCGCCAAGGCCACCGCUGCCAAGGCCAUCGAGAAGACUGGUGCGACCAGCAAGUCUGGCAAGACCUCUCCCGCCCCCUCCUCUGGCCGCUCGAGCCCUACGGCUGGUGGUCCCAAGGGUCCCGUUCGUGAUGCCGAUGCUGUCGCCAAGGAGCAGUCCGCCGACGUCGACGAUGAGACGCUGGAGGAAGUCUACGGCAAGGAGCACGUCAACAUUAUCUUCAUCGGCCACGUUGAUGCCGGCAAGUCCACCCUGGGUGGUUCCAUCCUGAUCGAGUCAAUGUUAGACGGUCGAUGUGGAUUCGGCUUUCUUCGAGACGGAGAAGAGACGCUACAGCAUCUCGAUGCCCUGGUCACAAGACGUACGUUCCUCGAUGAUUGGCGGUGCGUCGCAGGCCGAUGUCGGUAUUCUCGUCAUCUCUGCCGUAAGGGUGAGUACGAGACGGGCUUUGAGCGUGGUGGCCAGACGAGGGAGCACGCCAUGCUGGCCAAGACGCAGGGUGUUAACAAGCUCGUCGUCGUCAUCAACAAGAUGGACGAUCCUACCGUCGAGUGGUCUCACGAGCGUUACAUUGAGUGCACAACCAAGCUCGCGCAGUUCCUGAAGGGCACGGGCUACAACCUCAAGACGGACGUCAUGUUCAUGCCCAUUGCGGCACAGCAGACCAUGGGCAUCAAGACCGCGGGUGCCCAAGGAGAAGGCGCCCUGCGCAAGCUCAAGGCGCCCUUCAUGAUGCCCGUCGCGGCCAAGUACAAGGAUAUGGGCACCAUCAUCGAGGGCAAGAUCGAGGCGGGCGUGGUCAAGAAGGGCAUGUCCCUUGUCAUGAUGCCCAAUAGGCAGACGGUUGAGGCUACUGCGGUGUACGGCGAGACGGAGGACGAGGUCAACAUUUCGCAGUGCGGCGACCAAGUACGCCUGCGUCUCCGUGGCGCCGAGGAGGAGGACAUCAUGCCCGGUUUCGUGCUGUGCUCGCCCAAGCGUCUCGUACACAACGUGACGGCCUUUGAGGCGCAGAUCCGCAUCCUCGAGCUCAAGAGCAUCCUGUCUGCCGGCUUCAACUGCGUCCUGCACGUGCACGCCGCCAUUGAAGAAGUGACGUUCGCCGCGCUGCUGCACAAGCUCCAGAAGGGCACCAACAGGAAGAGCAAGCUGCCACCCUCGCACGCUAAGAAGGGUGACAGCAUCAUUGCACGCAUGGAGGUGACCGGCGGUGCUGGCUCGGUUUGUGUGGAGAGGUUCGAGGACUACCCGCAGAUGGGCCGAUUCACUCUGAGAGACCAGGGACAAACAAUUGCCAUUGGCAAGAUCACCAAGCUGAUCACCAACGACGCUUAA